AUGAAACCCCCGAAUCUCAACCUCUCAAUUUCACCCAUAGACACCAUCAUGGCUAACAAAGCAAUCACAUACCUAAAACGCCACCCACAAAACCUCCCAUCACUCUCACCUCACUUCACUCCCCAAGCAGCCACCUACCUUCUUCUCACUUCCCAAAACAACAAGCCCUUAAUCCUCAAUUUCCUCAACUGGGUUAACUCCAAACCCCACCCUUUCUUCACCCCCCAUUGCCAAACCCUAACCCUCCACAUCCUCACCCGCUUCAACCUCUUCAAAACCGCUCAAACCCUAGCUGAAAACCUCAUCACAUCCUCAAACCACACCGCUUCCAUCAUUUUCAAUCUCCUUAAACAAACCUACCGCUCAUGUAACUCAUCUUCCGCCGUUUUCGAUUUACUAAUAAAAUCAUAUUCCCAACUUAACCUAAUCGAAAACGCCAUUCAGACUCUCCACCUCGCUAACCGCCACGGCUUCUCCCCGGGAGUGUUAUCUUAUAACUCAAUCCUCGAUGCAAUACUCCGGAAUGGGUCCGACCGGUUAUCAAUUCAGCAAGCUAACCGUGUCUUCAAUGACAUUAUUCGUAACAAUGUGUCACCGAAUAUAUAUACUUACAAUGUAAUGAUCCGCGGAAUGGUUUCCGCGGCGAAUUUAGAGUCUGGUCUCCGUCUUAUUCGUGAGAUGGAGACAAAAGGCUGUUUUCCGAAUGUGGUGACUUAUAACACCAUGAUAACUGCUUAUUGUAAAGAGAAUAAACUCGAGGAUGCGUUUGGUUUGUUGAAAAUUAUGGCUAACAACCGGGUUGAGCCUAAUUUGAUUUCUUACAAUGCUAUUAUUAAUGGUUUGUGUAGUCAAGGGAGGAUGAAUGAGACGAUGGAAGUGAUUGAGGAGAUGAAUUUGAAUGGCUUGAGUCCUGAUUGUAUUACUUAUAACACUCUUGUGAAUGGGUUUUGUAAAGCCGGGAAUUUUCAUCAGGCGCUUGUUCUUCUUCAUGAGAUGGCUGGUAAGGGUUUGUCGCCUAAUGUUGUUACUUAUACUACUUUGAUUAAUGGUAUGUGUAAGGUUAAGAAUUUGAGUCGCGCGAUGGAGCUUUUGGAUCAUAUGCGUGUUAGGGGACUUAGUCCUAAUGAAAGAACUUUUACAACCUUAGUUGAUGGGUUUUGUAGGCAAGGGUUAAUGAAUGAAGCUUAUAAGGUUUUGAGUGAAAUGAUUGAUAGUGGAUUUUCACCUACGGUUGUUACUUAUAAUGCCUUUGUAAAUGGAUUUUGUUUCUUAGGGAGGGCUGAGGAAGCUGUUGAAGUUUUGAAGGGUAUGGUUGAUAAGGGUUUGUUUCCUGAUGUCGUUACUUAUAGUACUAUUAUAUCUUUGUUUUGCCGACAUGGGGAGCUGGGAAAAGCUUUUCAAAUGAAGGUGGAGAUGAUUGAGAAGGGCAUAUUGCCUGAUGCUGUGACGUAUUCGUUGCUCAUACAAGGUUUAUGUCAACAAAGGAAACAGUCAGAAGCUUUUGAUCUUUUCCGAGAUAUGUUGGGGCAAGGUUUAUCGCCUGAUGAGGUUACUUAUACUAGUUUGAUGAAUGGUUAUUGUGUUGAAGGUGAAUUGAGUAAAGCUCUUGAUUUGCAUGAUGAAAUGAUGCAGAAUGGUUUUUUGCCUGAUGUUGUUACUUAUAGUGUACUUAUUAACGGACUUAAUAAGAAAGCUAGGACAAGAGAAGCUAAGAAGCUUCUUCUUAAGUUAUUCUACGAUGAGUCUGUACCAAAUGAUGUGACGUACAAUACUCUGAUAGAAAACUGCAGUGAUAAUGAAUUUAAGAGUGUGGUAGGUCUUGUCAAAGGAUUCUGCAUGAAGGGUUUAAUGGAUGAAGCAGAUCGAGUUUUUGAGACAAUGCAUCAGAGGAAUUUUAAGCCUGAUGGAGCUGUCUAUAAUUUGAUGAUACACGGACAUUGUAGACGUGGUAAUGCUCGUAAGGCAUAUAAUAUGUAUGCAGAGAUGGUGCGUUGUGGUUUUGUUUCUCAUAUGGUGACUGUAAUUUCUCUCAUUAAAGCUCUAUCAAAGGAUGGGAUGAAUGAUGAGCUGAGUUCGGUAAUGCAAAAUACAUUGAGCAGCUGUACGGUCAAUGAUGCCGAGCUACCCAAAGCACUUGUUGAAAUUAACUUUAAAGAAGGUCACAUGGAUGCUGUUUUAACCAUGCUAACAGAAAUGGCCAAUGAUGGCUUGUUACCUGAUGGUGGAGAUUAUUCAUGUGCUUCGGCAAGUGCAUAG